UGAUAGUGAAAUUUUAACCAAAUUUUCGGGAUCGUGUUUUUUUCCAAAUUUUGGACAAACCAACCAAACCAUUUACGAAAGUCUCAAAAUUCGAUUUGAUGAAAGUGAACUUUGAUUUACGGCACUUACAAAUUAGUUUUCACCAUAUUAAAUUAAUUAAAACAAAGGGCUGAGUGCAAAAUGAAGCUAAUUUCCACAGUUGUUUACCUGCUAGUGGCAUUCUACAAAUUCGCCAAGAAGCUCUUAAUGGGCUCAUUUAACUCGGCUCCAAAGAUCAACAAUGUGGACUCCCAGGACGAUGGCCUGGUACUGCCCGCCGGUCUGAGCACCCCGGCUCUCCUGCAGCACGUCCAGCAACUGCGUGGCGGUGGCAUCGAGCAGCCAUCGCUGCUCACCCGCGGCUUUCUGAAACCGCUGCUGGCGGACGAGGAUGUCGCCGACGGACUGCGCUGCCUCAAGCUGAACUCCGUGUCGAGGGUUUGCAGUGCGCCAGUUGAGGGCGAUGACAUUCGAUUGCUGCAGUGGAACAUCCUAUCACAAACUCUCGGUCAGCACAACGAUGGAUUUGUGCGCUGUCCUGAGGAGGCUCUCACCUGGGAGCACCGCAAGUACCUGAUUGUCCAGGAGAUUCUGCAGAACCAGCCCGAUGUGAUUUGUCUGCAAGAGGUAGACCACUUCAAGUUCCUGCAGACCGUGUUGGGUAGCCAGAAUUACGCAGGCAUCUUCUUCCCGAAGCCGGAUUCCCCGUGCCUGUACAUCGAGCAGAACAAUGGACCCGAUGGCUGUGCCAUCUUCUACAAAAGGGACAAACUGCAGCUGCAGGGAUACGACACGAGGAUCCUGGAAGUGUGGCGGGUGCAGAGCAACCAGGUGGCCAUCGCUGCCCGGCUGCGUAUGCGAUCCAGUGGCCGGGAAUUCUGUGUGGCCACCACCCACUUGAAGGCCCGCCAUGGCGCACUUUUGGCCAAAUUGCGGAACGAACAGGGCCGCGAUCUCAUCAGGUUUGUUAAGCAGUUUGCCGGCGAUACACCGCUGCUGCUCUGCGGCGAUUUCAAUGCCGAACCGGUGGAGCCCAUCUAUGCCACGAUCUUGGGAUGUGAUCUCCUCCGCUUGGGCAGCGCCUAUGCCGACGUGAAGCUAGACCGCGAGGAGAUACUGCAUCCCAGCGAGGAUGUCGGUGAGUUCGUCGCGAAAUCGAUGAAACGCGAGCCACCCUACACCACCUGGAAGAUCCGCGAAGAGGGCGAGGAAUGUCACACCAUCGACUACGUUUUUUACACACCCGAUCGCCUCAAGAUCAAAAACUGUCUAGACUUUCCGGCCGGAGAGGAAAUUGGGAAGAACCGCACGCCCAGCUUCCAGUAUCCAUCGGAUCACUUUUCCCUGGUGUGCGAUUUUGAGCUACUGCCUCCGACGGAAAACGGAAAGGAAGGCGGCAGCGGAAGUGGGAGCGAUGGUGAAAAUGAAACGGAAGUGGAGGGCAGCAAGCAUGGAGCCAUUCAAUAGAAAGCUCCACAUUCAUAAUUCGCCGAAGAAGAAGUUUCAAUAACAUUACAUCGAUUGUGAUAUUAGUUGUUAGAUACAUAUUAGCCUCAUACACUUUGCACUACAGUUUGCAGCUUUUAUCCAAAAUUCACAAUAAAUAAAUUACAACGUAUGGAAGAAAGUUAA